GACUAGUGAUUGAAUACCACAAUCACAUAAUCACCUGUAGAAAAGAAAACUUUCGUCAUUGUAACCUUGUAAACAUUUUUUUUUUUUAGAUCUGUGGACAAGUUUGGCAACGCUGUAUUAUUUACGUUCAUCGCAAUGACCUGAUUCCGGCUUUUACAAAUCGGGGGGCGAGUAUACCAAAUAGAACAGCAAUAACAAGAUGUGAAGGGGGUCUGUUCGUAUUUCAACAGCCACGUCCUUGCACACCAAUCACAGUAGAGUUCCUGACGUCAUUCAUAUCUGGGGGAUGAGUAGUUUUGAAAACAAAUUGUAGUGGAGGUGUGUUUGGGAGUGCGUGGGGAAAUUUAAAGGUGGUUUGGUAGAAAAAAUGGACUCGCUUAGGGAGCAAGUAAUGAUAAAUCAAUUUGUACUAGCUGCAGGUUGUGCGCGGGAGCAAGCCAAACAGCUUUUGCAAGCAGCACACUGGCAGUUCGAGACGGCGCUGUCCAUCUUCUUCCAGGAGGCGGCGAUCCCAAGCUGUCCCCAGGGAGCUGCCACACGCUACGGACAGGUGUGUACCCCGUGCAAUACUCCAGCAACACCUCCGAACUUCCCAGAAGCCCUGCUGGCAUUCUCCAAAAUGUCCACAAAUGAAAAACUGGGCACUUCUCCUUCGGGUGUGUAUUCUACAUCACCCAGCCAGCCCACUCAGCCACCUCAACAUUUACAUCAACCACAACAGGCAUUCCACGCUACGGUCAGUAUCCCACAUCCUCUUCAAAUGCCAUCAAAGUCGGCUGCAAACAUGACGGUGGAGCUGCAGAGAUAAGCCAGGAAGGCUGUUGUCCCGGACUUAAAGAUAGGCAGGACGCUGGAGCAAUUGGUAGCAUGCUGUGCUGUUUGUCGGAGGCUCCAGGUUGGCUACGAGAUACGCUGGCAUAAUGCCCCUGCUAUGGGUUGUCAUUGUUAGUGCAGCAUACACUACUGCAGUCAAACAAAAUAGAUGAACCGCUAAUGUUUCAUGUGACUUUUUGUUUAAUCAUAAAUAAUUAUGUAUUUGCAUGGAAGAAUCAUGAUACACUAGAUACUAGUCGUACACUUGCAGUUAUGUACAAUGAUGAAAGAAAACUGAAAAUGUAUUCUCUGAUUAAAAAGAGUUUUGAUAGACAAUAAUAGUUCUUAUCACAUUAAUGAAUGUAACAAAGCUGUAAGUACUGAAAGGAAAUACUUUCAAAGUUAAAGUUUUAUGUGUAUAUAAUUUAAUUAUGUAUGUUAAUAAGCUCUUUUUAUUUUAGAGCUUUUAUACAUAUUUCUCAUCAUCUGGAGGAAGAUAUGAUAUGAAUAGUGCAGACUCUCAUGCUGGUGUGUUUACCAAAUAAUGUUUUAAAAUGUGGUCUCCCAAAAACCAACAUACAUUGCAAAUAUUUGUUUAUGUUACACAUUAAAUGUUGCAUGGUAAUUCAUCCAGCUAUGCUGCAGCUGCCCUAGACACUUUGCUGUCCAAAAAUUUGCUAUGUUGUGACAGUAGAUACUGGCCAUUAAGUACUGUAACCUCGACUAUAAUUGUGUUGAUGUUAAUAUUGUAUCUAGCAUAUCUUUGCAACCUCAUAUCACAAAACAUAGAAAAAAAUUAGUGUAUCAUACUUUUUGUUACUUUUUGUAAUGGAAACACUUUUUAUAAUCAUUCACAAUGUUGUUAGUCACUCUUAGUUAAUUGUUACAUAACUGUUGUAAGUAAUACUGUCAACUAAUCAAAAACUUAGCUUUUGAGUGUUGUAAGUAUACCAAAGGUAAGCUUUCUUUGCUGUAAUUUGUGAAUGCAAUUCACUUACCAGUCUUGUAAUUUAAGUUUGAUGAGAGUUGUACAUAUGUAUAGAUUUUUAACUUGUCUGCUAGUGCUUAUAUUUAAGCACUUGUAAUAAUUAUUGUGAUCACUGUCAAGAGAAGCAAAAUAUUAAUGCUUCAGCAAACCGAGUACUGUCUGUAUUUAUUUUCUUUCCAACCUCCGCGAACAUAACAUCUUGUGAGUUGAGAGAGCUGAAAAGGCAGAUAAAUUAAUAAAUAAUUCAUAGAAUGACA